AUGGUGGUGCGGAUGGUGAUGGUCACGGCGGCGGUGGUGCUCCUCAUGGUCACGGGGGCGCCGCCAGUGAGGGCGGCGGUGGACGUGCCGGCGUGCUUGCAGCCCCUCGUGAGUCUGAGGUCAUGCCUGGAUGACGUUUCCAAGAACCCGGCGGCGCGGUCGCCGGCGUGCUGCUCCUUCUUCGUCCAGCUUCUCAACGCGACGCCGAACUGCCUCUGCGACGUCCUUGAAGGCGAGGGCGGGCGGUGGCUCGCCAUCACUAUCGACGUUGCCCGCGCCGUCGCCGUCCUCGUGAACUGCUCCGCUGAGAUCCCUAAGCUGACAAAGUGCCCCAGUACUCUCUCUCCCCCUCCCUCCCUCUCUCUCUCUCUCUCUCUCUCUCUCUCUCUCUCAUAAAACUCAUAUGGUGUUGCAGAUUUAACGUGGAUGCCGCCAAACAAUACUGCAACUCCGGCUAAACCUCCAUCUCCUCCUGUAACUCCGGUUACACCUCCGGCUCCAGCUAAACCUCCAUCUCCUGCUGAUACUCCGGCCAAAUCUCCAUCGCCAGCUAAAGCGCCUGCUCCAGCUCCCGCCGGAGCUCCAUCUGCCACUUCAGGUAUCUUAGACAAAGUCAACCAGAAAAAGACGCGGCAAAAACAAGUUAUGCAUAUAAAUAUACUCUUCUCGAUAACUGGAGCUAAAGAACCAGAUCAGUUAAUCUCCGGGGAUUAUCUAAUCGUGAAAACUAGAAAAAAAUUCACCAUCUCUCUCUCUCUCUCUCUCCCCCAACCUUCCCACUGUUCCCCCUGCAUCUUGCCCAUGAACGUGAGCUAAUCCUUUCUAUCCACUGGAUGCAGGCGCGCCACCCCUCGCGAGUCUCAGCAAGCUCGUCCUCGUCCUCUCCCUGGCAGCGUCCGCCGCCCUCGCCGCCGUCAGAGUCUGA